AAAUUGGGUUGUGAUUAUUUUAUUUUUUCUUUAGUAUUAUUUAGUUGGUAUAAGUAUUGUCAGAAACUAAUUCCAUCUGUGGUAUAAUAUGGGAGUUUCAUUUUUUUUUUAUUGGCUAGAAUUUCACUUUUUUAAGGUGAAUAAGUGGGAGUUACCAAGGUUCAAACCCCGGUAACUGCAUAUUACAUGAAAUGUCCCUGUCAACUGAGCUAUACUCACAUGGACAUUAUACUAUAUUAUAUGGUAAUUAAUAUAUUGAUACAUGAAAGUUCUUGGCAGUUAUGUUCGGUGUUUGGGUUAUCAAGAAAGUGUGUUUUUAGUUUGUAAUUUUGUCUUUAGAAAGAUGUAUGAACAUUUCAGCCGAGUAUCCGUCCACUGCCGAAGAAGCUAACUCUUACUAUGAUUGAUGAUUUAUGGAUGAAUCUGUCUAUAUGUAUUGUGAAUUUGUCAAUACAGCUAUAGAAGCUUUAUGAUUUAACUCAUAUAACUAAACAUAUAACCCAUUUUUUACUUUAGUUGAGACUUGUGGUUUGGACAACUUCACCUUUUCAUUUUGUAGGAGUUAAGGAGUUUUCCAUAAGGUCCAUUUAUUUGCAAUAAGGGCAUAAAUAUGAUCUAAAAUGGAAGUAGAAUUUUAUUGGGGGAGAGAUGUGUUAGCAAUUGCACUAUACAUGUACAUUGACUUUCAUGUUAGAAAAUAACAUUUUUGGAACAAUAUUAGUUAGAGAAGGGGUUACUAGAGAUUUGAAGAAGUAGAAUUUAAACUUUGUUUAUUUCAAUUCAUCUGCUAAUAAAGUCUUGUAUAUGGUUGAAAUGGAGAUGCAGAGUUUUGUUAGUUGCAAUUAUUAGGACACAUGAAUUGGACUUUGUUGGAUUUUCUGCUGAAUUUUGCAGGUUAAUUCUGACUGGGGGCACCUUGCUGCUCUGUCCUGGCCGCGAGGCUGAAAUUCAGAGCGCCUGGUAGAAUUUUAAUUCUGACUGGGGGCACAUUGCUGCCCUGUUCUGGUCUCCAGGCUGAAAUGCGAAAUUCUGGAUUUGUUUUUCCCUAUUAGGGUUAUUUUAAAGGAAGUAACACAUGCUUAGGUUAAUGAUCAGUCCUGAAUUUUAAUAUCAUGGCCUAAUAAAUUUGCUCAUAAUUCCCCUUUUUCCCUUCAAAUGUAAAUUAAGGAUAGCUAACCAGGACCUAGAUGGUUAAGUGAUUGCUUAUCUGAUUGUUUCAAUACAAUGAAAUACGAGAAUUAGUCUGAAAAAAGAAGAGUAUGUGAGAGUGUUUCGGGAAGAAGUGUUGAAUGGAGUUAUCCAAGAAAGACAAUCUUCUUCAACUCAGGGGAGAAGUUUGUGAUGUUGUGUACUGCUACAACAACAACAAGGUUAAGCCGCUUCCAUCUGUUGUUCAAUUUAACAUGAUUUUAGGGUCAGUAGUAAAGAUGAAGCAUUGUCCCACAGCUAUCUCUCUUUUGAAACAAAUGGUGUUGAAAGGAGUUACUCCUUCUAUAUUCACUUUGAGUAUUUGGAUCAAUUGUUACUGUCAUUUGGGCGAGAUGGGUUUUGCCUUUUCCAUACUAGGUUUAGUUCUCAAAAGGGGUUAUCAACCUAAUAAAGUUACGUUGACGACAGUCAUGAAAGGGCUUUGUAUCAAUGGCGAGGUUAAGAAAGCAAUGGAUUUUCAUGAUAAUGUGGCAGCACAAGGAAUUUUGUUGGAUGAAUUUAGUUAUGGGACCUUGAUCAAUGGUUUGUGUAAAAUAGGACAUACAAGAGAUGCCUUUCAGUUGCUGCAAAAGAUGCAAGGACAAGCGGUGAAACCUAACAUUGUAAUCUACAACAUGAUCAUUGACAGUUUAUGUAAAGACGGACUUGUAACCGAGGCUAGAGAUAUAUAUUCGAAAAUGGUUGUCCUGGGAAUAGAUCCUGAUAUUUUAACUUACACUUCUCUAAUUCGUGGUUUUUGUAGCACAGAUCAAUGGGAAGAAGUUAAUCAAUUGAUGUGUGAAAUGGUUAAUAAAAACAUAAAUCCAAAUGUUUAUACCUUCAAUAUAUUAAUUGAUGCAUUUUGUAAAAAAGGGAAGAUGAUAGAAGCUCAAGGUAUGUUUGAUUUGAUGAUUGACAAAGGUCAGCAACCAGACAUUGUUACGUUCAACACUUUAAUGAGUGGACAUUGCUUGCACGGUAAUGUAGUCGAGGCAAGAAAAAUAUUUGAUGCAGUUAUUGAAUGGGGUAUUUUGCCUGAUGUUUGGAAUUAUAACAUCUUGAUUAUUGGGUAUUGCAAGUGUAAAAUGAUCGAUGAAGCUGUGAGUCUCUUCAAUGAAAUGCUUUACAAGAAUAUGGUUCCUAAUAUUUUUACUUACAGUUCUCUUAUUGAUGGUUUGUGCAAAUCUGGAAGAUUCUCUGAUGCAUGGGAACAUUUUCUUACAAUCUAUGAUAACGGUCCGCCACCGAAUGUUAUCACAUAUAAUAUUCUGAUAGAUGCUCUUUGCAAAAACCAACAUAUUGACACGGGAAUUGGAUUAUUUGAACUAAUGCUUAAAAGGGGAUUGACUCCUAAUGUUUUGACUUAUAACAUCUUGAUUAAUGGGUAUUGCAAGAAUAAGAGGAUUGAUGAAGCCAUGGCCCUCUUGAGUAAAAUGCACAGCAAAAAUUUGGCUCCUGAUACUAUAACUUAUAAUUCUCUUAUUGAUGGCUUGUGUAAAUGUGGCAGAAUCUCUGAUGCACGGGAGCUUUUCAAAGUGAUGCGUGUUGGUGGACCGCCGGUUGAUGUUGUUACUUACAAUAUCUUGUUAGUCUUGAUUAGUGAAUUUUGCAAAAGGACGAUGAACAAAGUCAUGAAUCUCUUCAAAGGCACGUGGGGUCUAAGAUUGAUGGUUGCAUAAGAGAUUGUUCAGCAUCUUUUGAUUGUCUGAAAGACAUCACAUAUAACACAAUAACCAAUGGACUUUCCUAAGAUUUGUUCCGUUAAGAAGCAGCAGCUUUCUGUCUACGAAUUAAAGGUGAUAGUAAUAUCUAAUUAGAGGAAUUGCAUCAAGAAAUGGUUGCUGGAGGUCUGUACACCCAAAUUUAUACUUUAUGAUGGGUUUAUAAAAUCCUACAGUGCUCUGCUCUCUUUCUCCUGAGAUUUGUAUUAUAAGCAGAUUAAUUUCAGAAACAGCAGCCUGUGUAGUAUACUUUUAGAUAGCUAGGCAGAUACUUUCCUUAGAAAUAAUUUGUUUAGUGUGCUUGAUAAAUAUUUGGUGUGUCCCUGUACUUUGGAGCAGCUUCUGAUGAUAUAGGUUAUAGAAGACACAUUGAGGACAAAAUUUUG